AUGCCACCCCCCAAAGACUUUCACCAACGGCAAGGGCAUGCAGUGCUGCUUGUUAGGACUCAGUUCAGCAAGCCCAGGGCUUCAUCACAAGCAUCAUGUGGUGACGUCUCUGCCAGCUUUGAAUCACUUCUAAGCCGUGGUCAAAAGGGCAAUCUUGUCGCGGUUCUCUGUCGAGAUGUUGAUGAGCCUCAAUCGGAACCCGAGUCUGCACCUCAGACUCAGCCUCAGACUCAACCCAAACAGGAGCCCGAGCCUGAGAAAACCCAGCCCCUAGCUACAACAACGACCUCUGCUUCUUCUACCAAGGUCUUGAAGAAUAUCUUAAUUGAGACUGGCCACACUACUCGAGACGACAAGUCAGACGAUAGUCUAGAUGGACCACCCCUGUCUUCAGUGGACGAAGACCUUGCCACCAAGAGCACAGUUCUUGCAAUCGACACAGACCAGCCAACUGGCUCUCUUCCCAUGCCUGUUCCUCCUAGCAUGAUGACCUCUGUGACAAAGCCGAGUGCUGCUAGCCAAACAGCGGCGUCUGCCAGCGAGGAACCGACUCCUACGCCCACAACGGCUGGUGGUUCUGUUCAUACCCCUAGCUUUGGGUUCAUGUGUGCGUCUUUGGCCAUGUCUGCUAUUAUGUACAUGGUCGUCAACUAGAGAGUUGGCUGGUAAUUCAUUUCAAUUCUGAGGGGUGGGAUCACUGUACUUGUUUGACCGAGGGAGUUGGUGAAUUUCUGUAUCAACUUGAGAUACAAGUCAACGGAAGUGAGAGAAGCUCACGUAGUUAGGCAUUUAGAUAGCCGGAAAAUAACAGAAUACCCUUCAAGAUCGAAUUUGUUAAUACUGG